AUGGGGAAGGCGGCCUGGGAGGUUCUCCGUCCACCUCUGACUCCUCCGCAGUCACCAUGGGGGUAUCUAACUCCAAAAUUCGGCUCCACUCCUCCAACUGCUGCUCCUGGUCGGCCAUCGACUGCCCCCCUGGCUGCUGCGCUCCCUGGGGUGUUCCAGUCACCCCCGGCUGCCCCCCUGGCUGCUGCGCUCCCUGGGGUGUUCCGGUCACCCCUGGCUGCCCCCCUGGCUGCUGCUCUCCCUGAGGUGCUCCGGUCACUCCCGGCUGCCCCCCUGACUGCUGCGUUCCCUGGGGUGCUCCGGUCACCCCCGGCUGCCCCCCUGGCUGCUGCUCUCCCUGGGGUGCUCCGGUCACUCCCGGCUGCCCCCCUGGCCGCUGCAUUCCCUGGGGUGCUCCGGUCACCCCUGGCUGUCCCCCUGGCUGCUGCGCUCCCUGGGGUGCUCCGUUCGCCCCCGGCUGCCCCCCUGGCUGCUGCUCUCUCUGGGGUGCUCCGGUCACCCCCGGCUGCGCCCCUGGCUGCUGCGCUCCCUGGGGUGCUCGGGUCACCCCCGGCUGCCCCCCUGGCUGCUGCGCUCCCUGGGGUGCUUCGGUCACCCCCGGCUGUCCCCCUGGUUGCUCUGCUCCCUGGGGUGCUCGGGUCACCCCCGGCUGCCCCCCUGGCUGCUGCUCUCCCUGGGGUGCUCCGGUCACCCUCGGCUGCCCCCCUGGCUGCUGCUCUCUCUGGGGUGCUCCGGUCACCCCCGGCUGCCCCCCUGGCUGCUGCUCUCUCUGGGAUGCUCCGGUCACCCCCGGCUGCCCCCCUGGCUGCUGCUCUCCCUGAGCUGCUCCGGUCACCCCCGGCUGGCCCCCAGCCCUCUGCCCUCCCUGUCGUCGCCCCCUUCGGUGCCGUGCCCGCGGCCUUUCCGCUUGGCCUGUGCCGCCCGGGCUAG